CUCAAAACUGAAUCCUUGUACAGCAUCAGACCCUUCUCCUGAUCCCCCUCCAUCCAGCCUUCCACUCGCGGCACAUUCGAAAUCUCUCCCGAGAAACUCGCACCUUCCUUACGCACCUUCUUGUGACUCCGACUCAAAGCAUCAGUCUCCUCCACCGAACGGGCCAUCGCCGAAGACGGCGUCCCCCCGAGAGACGGAGAGCUCAUCGCCAUCAUAAGAACUUGCUUUUAUUUUGUUGCAUCCCUUCUCAAAUAUGGGUGUGGUGAGGGGGGUGAUAUUUGAUGAGUCAGCACUCUUAACUGAAGCUGCUGAUGAUAAAAAUGGAUCUCUUCUACGACCUGGAGCCGAAUCUGUUCUUCGCAUCAUCUUCCUAUCCAAAAUCCACAUUGGGAUCUCUUAUACAGCAGAUCUUCCAGACCACCAGGUCAGUCGUCUCAGAAGAAUGGCAAGUUUGUACUCAAUUGAUUUCUUUAUCUUGAAUGAGCCCACAUGUGAGGUUGUGCCUACUUGGGAUGAUAUUGAUGGCAGUAUAGUCUAUCUAGUUUCUAAUAAGAAGAAGAUCUUGCCUAAAUUGAGCAAUUACAGUUGGGUGGUUGUUUCUCUUAAUGUUGGAGGUAAAAGUUCAUGUGACUUACCAAACACACUUCAGAUUGAGAAGUUAGAAGGGUUGCCAUUAACUAUAUGCCACUUGAAUAAAACGUCACUUGGACUUAAUGUCGUUACCGUAGGCUAUAAGAUGAAGGCUUCUCGGGUGGAGGAUUUUGCAAAGAGGGGUGCAUUUCCUUUGUGUCCUACUCAAAAUGGGUUGAUGUUUAUGCCUCUCAUAUCUGAUUUACCUUUAUCAACUCAAUUAAAGGAAGUUGACGUGGUUCUCCAUAAGGCCACUGAUGAAAUAUUAUCCAUUAAAGAUGACAAUAUCAAUUUUACCCAGAGCAUGCAAGAACUAGGAAAAUAUUUUGAGCAUAACCAGGAUUGCUGUGUGAUUGACCCACUGAUUAACAUAUACCCAUUAUUGGAUCGGUUAGAAAUGCAGAAAAUUUUACUUGGCUUGGUAGAACUCAACACUGAAAGCAGCUACGUGAUCAGAGGGGCUCAUUUUCUCAAGGCCGAUAAUUUUGAUGAUCUUAAUUUUGUGACUGAGUUGGGAAAAGCUAACCUGUCUCUACCAUGCAUUGUGAAACCGAAAGUUGCUUGUGGUGUUGGUGAUGCUCAUAAGAUGGCAAUUAUUUUCAGAGCUGACGACUUAAAGAAUUUAGGCGUUCCCCUGCCGGCAAUUAUCCAGGAAUAUGUGGAUCAUUCAUCGACGUUGUACAAAUUCUACAUGUUGGGUGAGAAAAUUUUCUAUGCUGUCAAGAAGUCAAUGCCAAAUGCUAACAUCCUGAUGAAAUCAUUUGAAAGCUGUGACCUUAAGCCUCUUGAAUUUGAUAGCUUAAAGUCACUCCCUACUGCUGACAAUAUCCAGAAUUCUGUAGUUAGUGAGUGCCCUACAGGAACUAAUGAAUCCAUCGACCUGAAACUAGUCACGGAUGCUGCGAAUUGGCUUAGGAGAAGGCUUCAACUUACCAUCUUUGGAUUUGAUGUUGUUAUUCAGGAAGGAACUCAUGACCAUGUCAUUGUGGAUGUAAACUAUCUCCCAUCCUUCAAGGAAGUGCCGGACGAUAUAGCAAUUCCCGCAUUUUGGGAGGCUAUUAGAGGCAAGUUUUGUUAAACUCUUUAUGUUAAUUAUGCUCAAGGGUAAUCUACUUCACCAAAAUAGCUUAAAUCAAGGUUAGACAUAUCCUAAGCUUUGCAUAUUUUUAAUUUAUUUUCUAUCUAGACACGGAAUUUCUUCCGUUAUCUUUAAUAUUCUUUCUAUUAUUUUUUUCUCAAUUUUCAUUUUCUUCUUGUUUAGCCUUGUACUUUUUUUUUUUGGGGGGGGUCUUAGAGGCCUGAGGUCUUUUGAAUUUCUUCCUCCUCCUCCUCCUUUUGUUUUUUAAUCUUUUUUUUUUCAUUCUUUUAAUUGUUUUCUUUUUUCUCUGUUUUUCUUUUAGCCCCAAUCAAAUGGCUCAAUAUCAUGUUAAACUGUUUAUAUUAAAUAUGAUUGAGGAUAAUUUACUUUACCAAAAUACUUAAACCAUUUGGUUAGAUACAUCCUAAACUUUAUAUAUUCUUAAUAUAUAUUUUAUCUUCCAAAUGUAACACUUAUUUCUUAAUCUCUAAUAAGUUUGACAAUAGAAUGUAAAAAUAAGCAUUGGUUUCAACUUUAUGAUACCACGAGAAAAGAGAGUUUUAUGUAUGCUAGUGUGAUUAUUUAAGGCUAUUAACCUAACACUUUUAGUGUUACUUAGAAAUGAGAUUGAAAGAUUUUUUUGUAUUUUGUGUACUUAAUAGCACUUGAAAUAAACUAGGCUUCAAUGCGUGAGAGUAUUCAGCUUUUUCUGCGAUGAAUACUUGAUGAGUAGUUUAAUAAUUUGAUUAUUGGAAGGUUGAUGUUCUA